AUGGUAUUGGCGACACAGGGAUACCAUCAGCUUGUCCAGCUUUCAGCAGAAAACACACUGGGUAAGUUUGUCAGUGUGUCUGUCGUCAAAGAGCUUGGACCGAUGGUCACCGCUUUUGUCCUUGCCGGGCGGAUCGGUGCAUCGAUUACGGCGGAACUAGGUACUAUGAAAGUGACCGAACAGAUAGAUGCCCUUGAGGUCAUGGCAACUAAUCCGGUCAAAUACCUCGUCGUUCCCCGUUUUCUCGCCUGUGCAAUCAUGCUGCCGAUUCUGACUCUUUUUGCGAUUGUUUUUGGCAUUGCUGGUGGCUAUCUCGCAGCCAUUGUCCUGUUUGAUAUGAAUGGUCGUUUUUUUCUUAAACUAGCCCAAGAAAAUUUGUUUAUCGACAGUAUUGUUAUCAGUCUUGUUAAAGCGUCAGCGUUUGGGAUGGCGAUUGCUUCGAUAGGUUGCCAUAAAGGGUUUACAAUCUCUGCAGCGGGUGGUGCCGAAGGGGUUGGCAAAUCCACAACAGGGUUAAUGCAGCCAGACCAAGGGCAAAUCUGGAUUGAUGGCGAAGAUGUCACCACGCUUACACGCAAAGCCAUGAACCGUACCCGCCGAAAACUCGGCAUGCUUUUCCAAUCAGCUGCCCUUUUUGACUCGAUGACUGUUGGGGAGAACGUCGGGUUUAUGGUUUCCCAGCACAUGAAACUCAGUAAACGUGAAGUUGACGAAAUUGUUGCCGAAAAGCUACAUUUAGUCCAGCUUGAUGGCACCGAGCACCUGAGGCCGGCAGAGCUCAGUGGGGGUAUGCGCAAGCGAGUCGGACUCGCCCGCGCUAUUGCGUGCAAUCCAGAAGUGAUACUAUACGAUGAACCGACGACAGGAUUGGAUCCGAUUACAGCCUUAGAAAUCAAUCGACUCAUACGAGAUCUGCAUGAGAAGCUACAAGUGACUUCUGUUGUUGUUACGCACGAUAUGGCGAGUGCGUUCUCAGUCGGUACAAGGAUGGCAAUGAUACACCAAGGCGAGGUGAUUGAUGGGGUCGUGGAGUGUGCAGCUCAAGUGAAUGCCGCUAACUCCCCUUGGAGCGUAAGUGGCGAGUUGUUACGAGUCAACCUUAAUAAUGCUGGCGAUCUCCGCGUUGGUGCGAAGGUUCAACUCGCCGGUGUACAGGUCGGCAAAGUCACGGGUGUUGAACUCAACGAGGAUGGAACUCGCGUUGAGAUUCAGAUGCGGAUCAAGGACGCUUUUCAAAGACUCCGCCAAGGUUGUCUGGUAAAAGUGGGGGUCAUCGGUUUUGUUGGCGAAGCGUAUAUUCAUUUGACCAAUGGUCCCGUUGGGAGUCCGAAUUUAAAGCCGACAGACCUGCCACUGACGGGGGAAGAUCCGCUUGACCUUUCGGAGAUCGCUACACAAGCAGGACACAUUGUUCGCGAAGGCACUCAAUUUCUUGAGUCUGCAAAUCAGUUUAUAAAAUCGAAUCAAGAGAACGUUAGCGCGAGCAUUGUGGAAAUGCGGGCACUCAUUGAGCAAACCAGCCGCGCUUUAACGGAGGUAGUUGGAGUUACCGAUGAAGCUGUAAAAAAUCUGAAUCGUAUCGCACAGGAGAACGAUUUCCGCUUGGGGCAAACCUAUAAACGGUUCAACCGUCUGAUGGAUAGGUUAGAGAACGAUGCUUUACUAAUCAGCAGUCAGAUCGGCGAUAUUAAUAGAGCGGUACUUGAUUUGGUAGAUCGCAACUCCUCCCCUGUGGAACAAAUAAUCGUUGACUUACAAACAAGUGCUACGAAUUUUCGCCAAUUGUCUCAGCAGUUAGAUCAAGAUCUCGCCGAAUUGACUGCUGGGGUUUCGGAUCUGAUUGCACAAAGCCAAGCGGUUAUUGCAACUGAAAAGCCCAAAGUUGACCAGCUGCUCGAAAGCCUCACCAAUGCAACUCAAGGAGUGGAUGGGCUGCGCGAUAAUGUGGAUCAAUUGCUUCAUACCGUGCAGCAUGGGGAAGGCAGCAUUGCUCAGUUGUUGAAUAAACCGGACGCGCUCAAUGAAGUACGAAAUACGAUGAAAACCGCAGACGAGACAAUGCUCGCACUUCAGGACCUAUCUCGGAGGUUAGAUCAGGGUUCGGAGCAAUUCAAGAUACCUGAAUUCGGUUGGGAUUACGAACUCAGGUAUUUAAGCCUUGAAGAGAGUCUACACAAUGAAUUAGGCGUGUUGCUAUUUGCCUCGGAUAACCAGUGGUACCGACUCGGUCUGGGGACUCGUGAAGAGGAGAUAAAGCUAGACUUCCAAUACGGUUAUGACUUCACAGACAAUCUGCGAGGUCGUGUUGGGUUCAUACGCUCAAAAGUUGGCUUGGGAUUUGAUGUGUGGCUGCUCUCCCGGAGACUUGGUAUUACCUUAGAGGGCACACACCUGACUAGCAACAGUCCAGAACUUGGUGCGGAGGUGGCGUGGCGGUUUUUUCCGUACGGACAGAUUAUUAUCGGCGCGGAAGAUCUGACAUCGGGUAAUAUCCGCUAUACAGCAGGACUUCGGUUCUUGUCGAAAAACUGGUAA